ACAAUUAAACGUAAACAACGGAAAAUUAGUCCAACGCAACUCCAAACUGUCGGCAUUGAUUUCACGUGUUAACACUCCACGUGUCCUUCAACCGCAGUUCUCGCCCUUCUCAUCUCCGUUCCAACUCGCGCAUUUUAGCAUCCAAGGCGCACCGAAAACGACGCAACUUCACUUUUGAUGAAACAGACUAAGCAAUUUCAAAGACGCUUUAAAACAGUGUCCACUCUUUUGUCUUCUUUGAUUAUCCCACCAAAUUUUGACAUCCCAAAAUUUGGCUUUUUUUCCUCUUAAAAGCCCUUGAUAACAUAAAAACCUCAAGAACCGUUUUUUUUUUUCUUUUUAAAAAAUGGUGUCUCCUGAGUUUUCUCAUCUCCAAUCUUCUCCCAUGGCGAAACCUCGAAGCCGGUCGUGUUGGUGUCUGUCCGAUGGCUUUCUUUUGUUUGGUUGUGCUUUUUUGGCCCUUUUGUUAGUAUGGUCAUUUUGGUCAUUUUUCACUCCAACCCCCAACUUCGACCCCACGCUAACCGAGCCGUCGUCGAAGUUGAACAAGAAUCAAGUCGACUGCUUGGAAAGUGGGUUCGGAGUUAACUUAAAGUCCGACCCCAGAGACCCCACCUUUUACGACGAUCCAGAGAUGAGUUACUCCUUAGAAAAGCCGGUGAAAGAUUGGGAUGAAAAACGCAAGGAGUGGUUAAAGCAUCACCCUUCGUUCGCUGCCGGAGCACGUGAAAGAAUCGUUCUUGUAACUGGGUCUCAACCAAAGCCAUGUAAGAAUCCCAUUGGUGAUCAUUUACUCUUACGGUUUUUCAAGAACAAGGUUGAUUACUGUAGAAUCCAUGGCUACGAUAUUUUUUACAACAACUUGUUAUUACACCCCAAAAUGGGUUCGUAUUGGGCAAAGUUACCGGUCGUUAAAGCAGCCAUGUUAGCUCACCCUGAGGCUGAGUGGAUCUGGUGGGUUGACUCGGACGCGUUGUUUACAGACAUGGAGUUUAAGUUACCCUUAGAAAGGUAUAAAAACCAUAACUUGGUUGUUCAUGGUUGGCCUAAGUUGAUUUAUCAAAGUAAAAGUUGGACCAGUUUAAAUGCUGGGGUUUUUUUGAUUCGGAAUUGCCAAUGGUCUAUGGAUUUGAUUAAUACUUGGUCUAGCAUGGGUCCAAUGAGUAAGGAUUAUAAAAAGUGGGGUCCGAUUCAACGAUCCACGUUCAAAGAUAAGCUUUUUCCUGAAUCAGAUGAUCAAUCAGCUCUGAUUUAUUUGCUUUAUACAGAAAAAGAGAAAUAUUAUGAUCAUAUAUAUUUAGAGGGUGAGUUUUAUUUUGAAGGCUAUUGGGUUGAGAUUAUUGGAGGGUAUGAAAAUACAACGGAGAGGUAUUUGGAAAUUGAGAGAGGGGUGCCAAAGUUGAGGAGGAGACAUGCAGAGAAAGUGAGUGAACAAUACGCUGCGUUUAGGGAAGAGUUUCUCAAGGAAGCUGGAAAUGGGAAAGGGAGUUGGAGGAGACCGUUAAUUACGCAUUUCACGGGUUGUCAGCCUUGUAGUGGGGACCAUAAUCAGAUGUAUGAUGGGGAAUCUUGUUGGAAUGGGAUGGUGAAAGCUUUGAAUUUUGCUGAUAAUCAGGUUUUGCGCAACUAUGGGUUUGUGCACCCGGAUCUACGGGAUUCCUCCACUGUUACUGAAGUUCCCUUUGAUUACCCUGCUGAUGAGGGUCCAUGGUAAAACAAAAGAAACCAAAAAAAAAAAAAAAA